CUCCCAGAGUGAAAAAGAUUUCCAUCUAUGAUGAUGACAGAUUUUACAGGCGAGCAUACGUGGUUACAAAUACAGCAUGAACUCAGUUUGAGGAAACUAACAGAGGGUUCAGAGUAUCAAGAGGAACUAAAAUAUGACUUCAAUACAAAAGGGGAACUGAGGCACCUGGAUACAAAUGAGUCCUUUGUUUUCAAUUACUACAAGAAUGGACAUGAGCAGAAUCAUAAACGCUACAAAGUUCUGGGACAUUUUAUUACCCAGUAUGUUUAUGAGCUCCUGGAAAGAGUCUGCAUGCUGCAGAAGGUUUAUAUUCCUACUGAUGCUACAGAGGGUGAACCAAGAAGUUUCUUUUUCAUGAGCAAGAAUGCACUAACAAGUUCCUCUAGCCUAAUUAUCCUUCUUCAAGGCUGUGGAGUUUUUUGUGCUGGACAGUGGGGACGAAGGACAAUUGUCAGUGAGGGCCUGAGACAUGGAACACAAAUACCAUUCAUCAAAAUGGCCCUGCAAAGCCACUGGGAAGUGAUUGUACUGAACCCCAAUGACAACUUCACUGAUCCAAACUCUGAAAAGGUGAGAUUUUCUGUCACAGAACAAGUGCCUACUUUUACACAGUCUGUCUGGGGGGUUCCCAAGAGGGGCAGCAGCAGCCCCGAGGAGCAUACUGUGUAUGUAUGGGAUAAUUUCAUUGCAAGUAGUGCAGCCAGGAACGUGGCCUUCAUUGCCCAUGGCUACGGUGGGUUGGUGUUUGUUGAUCUGCUGGUGCAGAGGAAACGUGAGGUGAUGAAUAAAGUGUACUCUGUGGCGUUCAUCGACUCCACGCACAACGUGCAGCACCAGAGCAGACGCGAUCCAGAAAUACAGGAAUGGAUACACAAAAACUGUCGGGAAUGGGUGUCAAACAGUAAACCCCUAAAUAAAACUGUGGGCUUACUCAUGAGAGUAAGUUGUCCUACUUUCUCUGCUGGAACAGAAAAGUAUGGUUUAGCACCCUCCUGCUGCUUACAACCCAUCUUUAAGUACCUGAAGAGGAAGCUGAAAGCCAAGAUCACAACAACCUUGAGUUCACCUGUUGCAACCAGAAGCAGCACAAGUAAGAGAGGCAAUAAAUAAAGAUGCACUAGUUUGUUCUGGAUCAUGGUCUCUUCCUUCUCUAACUGCCUCUGCACCUUUCCAUCACCUAAGCACCUUCAUCUUGCUGUGGAGAAAGUCACAGUUCUAAGUUUGAAACGAGUUUGUUUGGUUUUGAGAAGAAAAACACAAAAGUUAACUAUUAGGAAAGAAGUGCAUUGUUGAAAGCCUUAAGCCACAACCUUUUGGCUAGCUGUGAAAUUUAAAGUUGAA